AUGUUCCUCCCUUGGAUUGAGACCGUUUCACUCAUGUUUGUCCUCAUAGUCAGGGGAGAACCGAGAAUCCAGGGGGAGAAGGAGGGGGCCAGCGAGGGCAUCGGAGACACGACAAGGAGGGGCCACAAGGGAGGCACAGAGGACAGGGCGGACGCCGGACCGCGGGGCCCAAAGGAGGGCCAGGGAGGGCCGCCCGGGAGGGAGACCGGGGCACGCAGGGGGCCGCAGAGGCAGGGGGAGAACGAGGAAGCCAGGGGGGAAGGAGGGGGCCAGCGAGGGCAGCGGAGACACGACAAGGGAGGGGCCACAAGGGGGAGGCACAGAGGGACAGGGCGGACGCCGGACCGCGGCCGGGGCCCAAAGGAGGGCCAGGGGAGGGGCCGCCCGGGGAGGGAGACCGGGGCACGCAGGGGGCCGCAGGCAGGGGGAGAACCGAGGAAGCCAGGGGGGGAAGGAGGGGGCCAGCGAGGGCAGCGGAGACACGACAAGGGAGGGGCCACAAGGGGGAGGCACAGAGGGACAGGGCGGACGCCGGACCGCGGCCGGGGCCCAAAGGAGGGCCAGGGGAGGGGCCGCCCGGGGAGGGAGACCGGGGCACGCAGGGGGGCCGCAGAGGGGGGAGAACCGAGGAAGCCAGGGGGAGAAGGAGGGGCCAGCGAGGGCAGCGGAGACACGACAAGGGAGGGGCCACAAGGGGAGGCACAGAGGGACAGGGCGGACGCCGGACCGCGGCCGGGGCCCAAAGGAGGGCCAGGGGAGGGGCCGCCCGGGGAGGGAGACCGGGGCACGCAGGGGGGCCGCAGAGGCAGGGGAGAACCGAGGAAGCCAGGGGGGAAGGAGGGGGCCAGCGAGGGCAGCGGAGACACGACAAGGGAGGGGCCACAAGGGGAGGCACAGAGGGACAGGGCGGACGCCGGACCGCGGCCGGGGCCCAAAGGAGGGCCAGGGGAGGGGCCGCCGGGGAGGGAGACCGGGGCACGCAGGGGGGCCGCAGAGGCAGGGGGAGAACCGAGGAAGCCAGGGGGAAGGAGGGGGCCAGCGAGGGCAGCGGAGACACGACAAGGGAGGGGCCACAAGGGGAGGCACAGAGGGACAGGGCGGACGCCGGACCGCGGCCGGGGCCCAAAGGAGGGCCAGGGGAGGGGCCGCCCGGGGAGGGAGACCGGGGCACGCAGGGGGGCCGCAGAGGCAGGGGAGAACCGAGGAAGCCAGGGGGGAAGGAGGGGGCCAGCGAGGGCAGCGGAGACACGACAAGGGAGGGGCCACAAGGGGAGGCACAGAGGGACAGGGCGGACGCCGGACCGCGGCCGGGGCCCAAAGGAGGGCCAGGGGAGGGGCCGCCCGGGGAGGGAGACCGGGGCACGCAGGGGGGCCGCAGAGGCAGGGGGAGAACCGAGGAAGCCAGGGGGGGAAGGAGGGGGCCAGCGAGGGCAGCGGAGACACGACAAGGGAGGGGCCACAAGGGGGAGGCACAGAGGGACAGGGCGGACGCCGGACCGCGGCCGGGGCCCAAAGGAGGGCCAGGGGAGGGGCCGCCCGGGGAGGGAGACCGGGGCACGCAGGGGGCCGCAGAGGCAGGGGGAGAACCGAGGAAGCCAGGGGGGGAAGGAGGGGGCCAGCGAGGGCAGCGGAGACACGACAAGGGAGGGGCCACAAGGGGGAGGCACAGAGGGACAGGGCGGACGCCGGACCGCGGCCGGGGCCCAAAGGAGGGCCAGGGGAGGGGCCGCCCGGGGAGGGAGACCGGGGCACGCAGGGGGGGCCGCAGAGGCAGGGGAGAACCGAGGAAGCCAGGGGGGAAGGAGGGGGCCAGCGAGGGCAGCGGAGACACGACAAGGGAGGGGCCACAAGGGGGAGGCACAGAGGGACAGGGCGGACGCCGGACCGCGGCCGGGGCCCAAAGGAGGGCCAGGGGAGGGGCCGCCCGGGGAGGGAGACCGGGGCACGCAGGGGGCCGCAGAGGCAGGGGGAGAACCGAGGAAGCCAGGGGGGGAAGGAGGGGGCCAGCGAGGGCAGCGGAGACACGACAAGGGAGGGGCCACAAGGGGAGGCACAGAGGGACAGGGCGGACGCCGACCGCGGCCGGGCCCAAAGGAGGGCCAGGGGAGGGGCCGCCCGGGGAGGGAGACCGGGGCACGCAGGGGGCCGCAGAGGCAGGGGGAGAACCGAGGAAGCCAGGGGGAGAAGGAGGGGGCCAGCGAGGGCAGCGGAGACACGACAAGGGAGGGCCACAAGGGGAGGCACAGAGGGACAGGGCGGACGCCGGACCGCGGCCGGGCCCAAAGGAGGGCCAGGGGAGGGGCCGCCCGGGGAGGGAGACCGGGGCACGCAGGGGGCCGCAGAGGCAGGGGGAGAACCGAGGAAGCCAGUGGGGGAAGGAGGGGGCCAGCGAGGGCAGCGGAGACACGACAAGGAGGGGCCACAAGGGGGGCACAGAGGGACAGGGCGGACGCCGGACCGGCGGCCGGGGCCCAAAGGAGGGCCAGGGGAUGGCCGCCCGGGAGGGAGACCGGGCACGCAGGGGGGGCCGCAGAGGCAGGGGGAGAACCGAGGAAGCCAGGGGGGAAGGAGGGGGCCAGCGAGGGCAGCGGAGACACGACAAGGGAGGGGCCCAAGGGGAGGCACGAGGGACAGGGCGGACGCCGGACCGCGGCCGGGCCCAAAGGAGGGCCAGGGGAGGGGCCGCCCGGGGAGGAGACCGGGCACGCAGGGGGGCCGCAGAGGCAGGGGAGAACCGAGGAGCCAGGGGGAGAAGGAGGGGGCCAGCGAGGGCAGCGGAGACACGACAAGGGAGGGGCCACAAGGGGAGGCACAGAGGGACAGGGCGGACGCCGGACCGCGGCCGGGGCCCAAGGAGGGCCAGGGAGGGGCCGCCGGGAGGGAGACCGGGGCACGCAGGGGGCCGCAGAGGCAGGGGGAGAACCGAGGAAGCCAGGGGGGAAGGAGGGGGGGCCAGCGAGGCAGCGGACACGACAAGGGGAGGGGCACAAGGGAGGCACAGAGGGACAGGGGCGGACGCCGGACCGCGGCCGGGGCCCAAAGGAGGGCCAGGGAGGGGCCGCCCGGGAGGGAGACCGGGGCACGCAGGGGGGGCCGCAGAGGCAGGGGGAGAACCGAGGAAGCCAGGGGGGGAAGGAGGGGCCAGCGAGGGCAGCGGAGACACGACAAGG